AUGGCAGCUCCGCCCUUUCGCGUCCUGCUCUUCAGCAAAACUGCCGGCUACCGCCACGCCUCCAUCCCCGCCGCCCUCUCCGCCCUCACCCGCCUCUCCACCGCGUCCACCACCUCCAGCACGCCAUUCACCGUGCACGCCUCCGAAGACGCCAGCCUGUUCACGCCCGAGUCGCUAGCCGGCUACCGCGUCAUCGUCCUGGUGCACGUGUCCGGCACGUUCCUCUCCUCGUCGCAGCUCGGUGCACUGCAGUCAUUUGUCCGCGGCGGAGGCGGCGUCGUGGGCGUCCACACCGCGUCCGUGGGGAUGCCUUCCGAUGGGGAGGAUAUCGUGGACGAAGAUGGAUGGUACCAGCGCAUGGUUGGCGCGUCCUUUGCUGGACAUCCGGAGCCGCAGAUGGGUGUCAUCAAGGUUGAGGAUGCGACGCAUCCGAUCAUGGCGCGGGGUUUGCGGGGCCUUGGUGAUGGUCUCGAGAGCUUUGACGACGAUACACAUCGACGGAGGUGGUUCGAUGAGUGGUACAACUUCAAGGAAAGCCCUCGAACGUUGUCCUAUGUGCAUGUACUCUUGUCAGUGGAGGAGGCGUCCUACCAAGGUGGCACGCUGGGUGACGACCAUCCACUCAUCUGGUGCCACGAGUUCGAAGGAGGACGGGUAUUCCACACGGCCCUGGGUCACCUUGAUGCCGCCUACGUUGAUGAGAUGUUCAUGGGGCAGGUACUAAACGGUAUCCUCUGGACGGCGAAGAUGAUCAAUGUGUAA